AUGGCUGUUAAUUAUGAUGUUGUGCUCGUCUUUAUUGGUGAAUCUGGUUCCGGCAAAUCAACGUGCAUUAAUUACUUUGCUAACUUCUUUGCCGGUACGGGUUUCUCUCAAUCUACAGGAUACUCUAAUGUACAAGUCGUUAUUCCAAAUCGACUUUUUUCCUGUGCUAUAUCGGGAUAUACAAGUAGUGAACGUAAUGUAAAUGACAAAACGAAAAGUCAAACAAUGCAAUGCAACGAUUAUGACUUCGUUUGGGCGUUAGAUGGUCAGAAUAUGCGAAUCAAAAUCGUCGAUACACCUGGAUUCAACGAUACAGAUUCGCACCGGGAUGAUAACAACAUUCAACAAAUUCUCAACAAAAUUAGCAGUCUUCCAUUUAUUACUGCAAUUUUUAUCACCAUCAACGGCACUUAUUCUCGUCUUUCGACAUCCGUUAAGACUACAUUGGAUCAACUACGCAGUUCUUUACCGGACAGCGUUUUUGAUAAUCUCUUCUUUAUUCUAACCAAUUGCACGGAAAAUGAACGCAAUUUUGAUAUGCGAUUGAUCAACGAUUAUACACCAGAUCAACAACGCAUUUUUCACAUGCAAAAUUCGUUAUUUAGCGUCGAAAGUCGUGAUUUUGUUGAGAAAAAUCCUAAAAAUGCUCGACGUACUGAAAUGAAUUGGCAAGACUCGAUAGACACAAUUACAGACGUGAUGGCAAAAAUCAAACAAACUUCAGCUGCCUCGACAAAGGUAUUUGAUGUGAUGCGUAUCAAGCGAGAGCAGCUUAUCGCUCACAAAGAGAUUCUUAUUGCCAAGCAAAAGUCAUUGUUAGAAAUUUCAAAUGCACUGAAAAUUGAACGCGAUCGAUUGGUCAAUGCACAAAAUAAUCAAAAAGACAACCAAAAUUUCGUCACUAACAAAACAAUUGAACGGAUCGAAAUUGUGAAAAAAGAAUAUUAUAGCACCAUUUGUACAGAACACGGGAAAGUUAGAGUGUGCCAUGAAAAUUGCAAUCUUGAUUAUCAUCCGCAACUCAAUCUUGCUCAUUUCCAACGUUGUGCUGCCGCAGAUCGAUCUGGUAACAAUUGUCGACAUUGUAAAUGUGGAAUGAACCAGCAUCUACAUACGUACGAAAUUCCAGUAACAAACACGGUCGAAAUUGAAGAAAUCAUUCAAUCGAAAAAAGCCGCUUUCGAUCAAGCUUCGCAGCAAGUACAAAGUAUUGGGGAUCAGGUGCGUCAAUUAGAUGUUGCUUCCAAUCGAAUGAAAAUAGAGACCGAAGAAUGCAAACAAGGAAUUUUAAAUUCAAUUGGUGAACUGAAAAAAAUUUGCUCGCGUUUCAACUUUGCUGAAAUGAUGAGUACCACCAUUAAAAAACUGCGACAAGAAGCGAAGGUAGCUUCAGAUUUACAAGCGAAACAAGAAUUCAACAAAACGGCAGAUGCUAUCCAACAAAUCAUCCAACAUUCGAACUAA